UGCCCGUGGCUGUGUGUGGCGGAACAUCGCACGGAGCGCAACAAAAAAAAAAAAAAAACGCGCGAAUUUUUCUUUGAUUCACGGAAGUGAUGCAGUACAAAUCUGCAUAAAAACACUAAUGGGAGCUGGAGCGUCAGCAGCGGCCAGCGAGACGCCUGGUGGAGACCUUCGACUUCCAGCAUCGGGGCUGCGUUUCACCACAAAUCAGCUUCGAACUCUAAAUUCCUAUGUCGAGACUCUGUGGGAAGAUGAUCAGAAAGGAAGAAUAUCGACGGAAACCGAGAGCGCUGUUGAGAGUUUGGUCCAGAGAAUCGUGGAUGGGGCUGGACGUCGGGACCCCAGGUUCGGAUGUUCUCACCUCAUCGCUUUGCAUCGUGGAAAGAAGAUGAGGUCCCGGUCCUUGGAGUACCUAGUGACCCUGGACUCUCUUCCGGUACUGAACUCUAACGACGAAUGUCGUCUCCAUGACGGUCCAACUGGUUACGGCCGGGUCCGGCUGACGGGGAGGGAUGCUGAGAAAUGGGAAGAAUUUCUGACACCUGCGGGAUACUUGUGCCGAGACAAAAUAGUAGAGCGUUGGGUGGGGUUGGUGGCGCGCAGUGCGGGCGCGCGGGGCGGGGGCGCAGGCCGGGCCCUCGCCGCGCGGGCCGCUCUCAGGGCGGUACCCAACCAAUACUGCUACCUGGAGAGGGCAUCAUCAGGUUUCACCAGUAUCGACCGUCGUCUGGCCAUCGUGGAAGGGGCGGUGUGGGUGAUGGUCCGCGUCGGGGGCGGGGAGGCUGAAGCCAAGCUCGUAUUGGGAGCCAGGGUCCAGGGCUGCCACCCACAGGCCUACACAACCAGAGUGCCUAUAACACAUCCGUUGGCGUUGCUACAUUACACUGCUGCUCAGGGGAUGUAUUAUGCCGUCACGGCAGGACCCCCUCUGAGCGCGGCCUGUCCGGACCGGACCUCCACUUGGCAACUCUGGCAUCCGGCGCUGGAGGCCACCUUGGACGCUCACUGCUCUGAGCUGUCCACGGUGGCCAGGAUCGCUGGAGCUUUGAACGCUCUGGUCGAUAAAAUGAGAGAACAGAGUCACCAGGGCAGUCUCCGAGCUACCAGUCGCUACCUGGUGCAAUGCGCUCUCCGGCGUCGCCUGGACCGGUGUGCGGGCUACGCCACGGCGGCCGCGCGGUGCUGCCCCGGGGCGCACGCGUCACACCACCUGCUGCUCGUACUGGAUUCUUUGCUAUCGAUAUGCGAGCGCGGCGGAGUGGCCGGGUAUGUGCACCCCACGGACCGCGGGUGCCUGGUUCGUCGCGGCGCGGGGGACGCUGACUGGGACAAUGACGCUGUCUGUAUCGCAAGUUGCUUACGGAACUUGAACAGAGUUGCAGGUGAAGAAAUUCCCCUCACCCCAGCAGAAUCUUUGGAACUAGCGCUUUUCAACCGCUGGGAGAAUUUGAAUCGAGAACUUAAAGCUUCUGUCGGCUCUACAAGCACGUACUCUAGGAGACAAAUACGCUACUUAUGGAGAGUCGCCACUGAGCUUGUUAAAUGCAAAAGUAUGGUUUAUUCGGAACCUCAGAGCAAUUUCAAAAUUAACUUAAUACAGAUGACGUCACCGAACAGCGAAGCAAUAGAAGACUUGAUACACAUUCUGGCGAUAAUGCUGGAUCAGGCCAGAGACUUAUACCUGAAUGGUCUCCAGUCCAGGACCUUGAAGGAGUUUGACCGGGAAACGUCUGUGUAUAGAUCAAAAAAGUGGAACAAACUAAAAAGCUACUACGAUGCUUCUUCGGCGUGUCUCAUAGAUGCUGUUAGACGUGACCCUGAUCUGCAGAACCAAGACUUGACCAACCCUCAAACUUUGAUGAAGAGCAUCUUGAACUGGCUACAUAAAGGCUGUAAAGAAGACAAAAAAUAUUUAGCACCGGUCCUGAAGCCAUACUUAGAUGGUCUUUUCAAUUCGUCUCUGGAGAAUUCUUGGUUUUUAGAAGACUUUGAGAUGAAGCAGUCAUCAUCGGAGCAUGAUGGUUUGAAAGAGUUCUGCCUUGGGGUUCAUGAUGGAAACAUUGAUCCUUCCAUGGGAUUGUUGGAAGUGGCCAAAAAGUACACUUGGGCCAAAGUUAUGGUGGACUUUGUGGAGAAGUUUCGGCAUAUCGAGUUUCGCGUGGUGUUCCCCUCAAGUGGAGGGGCGGCGGUGUGCGCACCCCCUCCGCCCCGAAGCGCGCCCUCCUCCGCACGGACCCUCACGCUCACUGCCGCCCGAAAGUCGGAAGCCAAACUAAGGCUGGCGGAGAGGUGCGUCAUAGGCGCCUUCCACGACGCACUUACCUUUACUAAGAGCGGUAUUCCACGCCACGAAAGCGAAGAAAUUCUUGCAAGCGUCAAAUCGGGAAACUACUGGAGGAACUCUGCCAAGCCUGAUAUCAUACCCUCGACAUCGUACCAAGACGUCUCCAAGCUGAACUUGGAACCCAAGCACAGAAGAUCUCGGAGGAACCGACCGGUGACGUCAUAUUUUCCAGAAAUUUCCAUCACAAAACAAGGUGACGCCAAGACCUUGAGGAGAAAAUACCAUACGUUGAAGAGUCUAGUAUACACUGAACCCGUGGAGAGUAUCAAAGAGUUAAGAAAGCGACCACGGUCUGCUGGGUCUACUCUCAGGAAUAAGGAGGCUCUCAGUAGACCUAGUCUUUUGGAAACUUUGGAUUUUAUUAACAGCGUAAAGGAUGCUUUAAGUGUCGGAGAGUCUGGCGCGUCUGAUGCCGAGGAGUCGGCGUGGUCGCCGGCGGACGAGUGGCUCGUGGGGCAGACGGCGCCGCUGAGUCUGCUGGGCGCGCACUCCGCGGGGGACACUCUUCAUUUGGCUCUGGCCGAUUUCAUACCGGCUCUGUUGAAUCGAGGAAAGUUUACUGUCCUGCAGGAGCUGUGCGCGCGGCUGGGCGCGGGCGGCGAGGGCGCCCUGCUCGCGCUGCACCGCCUGGCGCGCGCGGCGAGGUCCCGGAGCAGCGAGCGCGCCGCCAGCUCUUGGAGACUUCCUGAAGCAUACCCCAGCAGGUUGGAGUCGGUGCAGACGUACAAAACGAGGUCACCAGACCAUGAAUCAGGGGAUGAAGAGCCUCCACCGCCGCCGCCGUUACCGCGCAGGUCCAGCAGGAGACAGAUAACCUACACGGAAUACACCGCCCUCCCCCCCCGAUCCCCCGCCGCCGUCACCAACCCCCUCUACGAUGUGACCACGACGCUACCCAAACACAAACUCACAGUCAAACGAUCGAAGUCCUUAGGCAGGAGUUGCAGCACAAAACUGGGGGACGGUUUCAGGACUUUGGGCCACAGGAGUAGGACUAACGACGUGCUGACGGCCACCGAGGGCAUGAGCGGAGCCACGGGAGUAGAGUCGAAAGGAUAUCUGUUCUAUCGUUACAGCACUGCGGAUGUCGUUGGUGACUCCUACAGAGUACAUAGAGCCACUAUUGAGUGAUUCUCCGAGUGGGACUCCUAUAAGGACGUGUAGGAUGUGGUGCAGAGUCCUAGAGCAAGGGCAGAUGGAGAGGAAACUAAAUAAAGAUGCUGCUUCAGACCAAUGAUUUAUAAUCCACCACAGUAGCUUUUGUCACAUCGCAAUAAGAACGGAAAAUGGGACUCUUUAUAGAUGGACAGGAAAACUCACGAUCCACUAGUUACCAGAUAUCGGAACACGUGCCACUACCCGCCUUGAGACAUGAGUCGGAGUCUCAAUUGUGUAACGGCUGUCUCAUCCUUCAAAUACAUGAUGGCUUCGUGCAAUAAAACAGUGGACACAGUGGCUGCUCCCGAGGGUGUAAGUGAAGGAAGAGUUAGAGCUUCGUCGAAACUUUGUUCCACAGGUAAUGAAGACGUGCUUAGAGUGAAUAGUGUGAAUUAUUAAAAUAAAUUUUAGUCGGA